AUGACGCGGCCCGCCGUCACUAUAUAUAUCACCCACGUCGAUCGCGAUGUGCUUUUGGCCGCGAUCACGAUCUGCGAGAAAAAGGACAAGGACUGCUCAUUGUCCCUGCUCGUCUCACGUACGCAGUCGAGGUCAAACGGGUCGAGUGGCUCCUCCUCGACGAGGUCCGCCAAGACGAGCUCGGCGUGGAGAAUGAAGCACGCCUUCAUGUGCGCACAACUCUCAUCGCACGCGGUUGCCACCUCCGCUUUUGAACAUCACGACGACGUUGUCGCCGCACGAAAUGUCAGCAAGAAGGGCCCAAAUGGGACCAUGAAUGACAUUGGAGAUGUCAUGUCAGUCAUCCAAAAGCUGGCUAAGAAAAUGGUGGCGACAAUCGGGUUCGAACAGACACUAUUGACUGAGAUCGACAACAAGGCCUUCGAGAAUGGGAGAGAGAUUGUACAGGAGCAAGGGAAUAGAUUGGUACUCUCUAUGGUGAGUAGAUCAACAUGGAGGAGGGAUAUGAACUCGGUAGAUAGCAAGGGAUUGAAAUCGACAAAGCUGAGACGCUUUUUACUUCGUUUCGUGGAGGCUUGUCAAAAAAAUUAG